AUGGCGAGACAUUCGUCGCAACAAGACUUGCAAAUUGCAGUGAUAACCUCGGAAGAUCUGCAUCGAAACAGAAGCAACAUUAGUGUGGGUGGUGUCAGCAUCGUUCAAUUGAGUUAUUUGAGUGAACGUGAGGCUGUUGGUAAUCCCUCAAAGGAAUUCACGAAAUUUCCAGAAGACAAAGAUUUGUUGAGUCGAUUCCAAGUAGCUUGUAUCAUAGUAAAUCGCAUGAUAGGAACUGGGAUCUUCGAAUCUCCAACGACUAUUAUACAACAAGAUCGGAACAUUGGGGGCAGUCUCAUCCUCUGGAGCUUGGGAUUUAUAGCCAGCAUGGCUGGCACAUUGAUGUACGUCGAGUAUGGCCUUACGAUUCCACGGCGCAAGAUGGCUGGCGCGGUUCAAGCUGUUCCAAGAAGUGGUGGUGAACUAAACUACCUUAAGUUCCUGGCUAAACGUCCUAAAUACAUGGCUAUCUGCACUUUUGGCUUCAUAUUCAUACUGGUUGGAAAUUCUGCCGCCAACUGUGUGUCAUUUGGAGUCCAUGUUCUCGCAGCAGCAGGAAUCAACGAUCCACGAAAAGGUACAGUGCAGGGAAUUGCGCUCGGUGCCGCUUGGCUUGUUAGUUUGUUGCAUGCACUAGGCAGAAUGUUCGGUGUUCACUUGAACAGUGCUUUUGCUGUCACCAAGGUGUCAAUGCUUUUAAUGAUCAUAAUCUUGGGUUUUAUGGUCCUAAACAAUCAUACUGAACACCUUCACCGAGACCCACUGUCAUACACAAAUCUCAACCGGAAGACCAGUUUCAAAGAACUUGGGACAGGAGAUCAUGCUGGUGGAUUCGCAGCCUCAUACUUGAAUAUCAUUUUUACAUGCGGAGGGUGGAACCAAGCGAACUAUAUGAUAGUGGUACCCAUACCAAAGGAUGGGAAUUUUACCAGUGGUAAAUCAGUGGUGGAGGAAUUUUUCAGGCUGACAAUUGGCCAAGCUUGGAAUGAGGGGCGCUCAAUUCAGCUUAUGGAUGCAUGUCUAGCAGUCUCGAGUUUGGGUAAUGUCAUCGUCACUACCUUUACCGCAGCUCGUGUCAAGCAGGAAAUUGCGAAAGAAGGGAUACUUCCCUUCUCUUUAGUCUUUGCUAAGAAUGUGAACAUCAUUGAAUGGGCGAUCAAGAAAUUCAAACGUUCGGAACAGGUUGCAGAGCCAGUUGAGACCGAAGGAAACACCCCAGAGCGAGCCAAAAUCGAGCCAAUACCGUUCCCUGCUCUUGUGCUUCAUUGUGUAUUUUCCACGAUCCUAAUUCUUGCAUCAAUCUGCGUUCCUCAGUCGAAGGAUGCUUAUCCAUUACUUGUUAGUAUUUACACGUAUCCGAUUGAUGCAAUGGUUGCAAUAAGUCUCAGCCUUGGAAUUAUUUGGAUGCGCUCAACAAGGUCUUCUGGAUGGAAUACAUACUCAACCUCUAAUCGAUGGUUCAGCCUCGCAACAGCUAUUGUUGUUUUCGUUGCCAAUGUAUUCCCCGUGGUCGCGUUAUGGAUUCCCGAAGCUCUCGGUAGCUCCGUGCCUUGGUAUAUUGUUCCUACAAUAGGAUGUUCGUUGCUCUUAGGUGGCGUUGUUUAUUGUCUGAUCUUUCGUUUCGCGGUUCCUUUGUUUUUGGGUGGUGCUGUGUUGGAGGUUAUAAGAGACCCAGUCAUUGGCAUCGAUGGCGAAGGAAACUCUGUACAACUCGGCGAGAUGGUCUAUCAUAAGUGGUCAGUGCCUGAAGAUGCAGAUCUGCCGUAUCACAAUGGACAUGAUGCUGAGAUCGAGCCAAGGAGCUCCAUUGAUAUGAGUAUCGUCGAUAUUGCCACCAUCCACGUUGGCAACCGCAAAGGAUAUUUCGACGCAAAUCUAGCUACUCUAGCCAAUUCAGAUUACUCAACCUACAUCGUGGAUUUCACAUUUGCGAGCUAUGGUGUUGAUGUACCUGCAUCUAUUGAGGUGUUGAUGUCGAAGAAGGCAGAUUCUUCUGUAAGUGAUCUUACGACGGUUGUCUUAGCGGGUUUGAAGUUACUGAAGAAUGAUCAUGAUACAUCCAGUGCCGCUAUGGUUGCAAAGCUUGCGACGUAUGUUAUUCCUAUGGCAAAUUGGAUGAUUGCAAUGAUCGAAGAUGCGUUGCCGAGUGGCAUUGACUAG